CGCCGCAGGUUUCGCACGGAGCGGCUUUUGUGCGUCUGAUGCACCGUGGUCGACGCACCUGCUGAGGGUGGAGUAAACCCGAGCAGCCCGGUACCGCCUGGGUUCCACCGCCACCACCACACCGACCCCUCCUCCACCUCCACCCGCUCCUCCUGCACCUCCUCCCGCUACCACCAGCUCCAUCCCCGCUCCGCUCGGAGGCGCAUCCGUGGAUUACAGCCCGUUGUGGUGUGUUGUGUUCGGCUUCUCUGGAGUUUAGAGCUGGGUCUGAACCCGUCUGCAGGACACUGGAUGUGUUCUGUCCAGUUAAGUGAUGGAGCAGACUCAUCGUGGUCCGUCUCAGACCGACUCUUCUCCCUAAAGGAUAAAAUAUGAAGGAGGACGUUCCAUUUGCACUAUUAGCCAGAGAAGUCGAUCCGACGGGCCCUUCCACUUCCACCAUGACUCCUGAUGACGUCAGAGUGAAAACUGAGUAAAAGGAGCUGCACUCGAACCCAGCGGAGGAGCCCCGCCCCCUGCAGCACCACGGCCCCGCCCACUGCCCCGCCCACUCAGGACCAUGAACUGAUGUGAGCGGCCUUCAGACUGUUAAGCGCUCAGACUGUUCUCCUCCUGCCCUGGCCCUUUACCAAACACACCUAUUUUUCUAGCAGACCUCUGUUUGAAUAUUUGUCUGCAGGUUGUGAAUGAAACUGUGGAUCCCGUUCCCUCGCCUGCACAUUUAAACCUGCAUUCCAGCCUCGUCUCGGAUCAGUCAGUCCUUCCCAGUUAUGGAUGUGGUGGCUUUUUCGCUCAGCCUGCAGGUGUUGCUCAGCACAUGUUUGGCUCUGGACUUUCUGGGGACGCCGGGCCAGUGGGCGCGCUACCUCCGCUGGGACGCCAGCACCAGGGGCGACCUCAGCUUCCAGUUUAAGACGGCGGCCUCGGAGGCGCUGCUGCUCUACUUUGACGACGGAGGCUACUGUGACUUCCUGCAGCUGUCGGUGGCGGAGGGCCGGCUGCAGCUGCGCUUCAGCAUCGACUGCGCGGAGACGGCCGUGGUGUCCGACAGGCGCGUGGACGACAACAGCUGGCACUUCGCCACGCUCAGCAGGUACAACCUGCGCACGGUGCUGGCCCUGGACGGACAGGCCAAGGCCGACGAGGUGCGGCCCCAGAGGCAGCUCAUGAAGGUAGUCAGUGACCUGUUUGUAGGCGGAGUUCCGCAGGACAUCCGCAGUGGCGCGCUCACGCUGCCCACGGUCCGAAACAUGCAGCCCUUCAGGGGCACCAUUACAGAUCUGAAAUACGGAAACACACAGCCCGUGUUCCUGGGAAGUGUCAAAGUUCCGCUGGAGUCUGAAGGAUGGUGCACCGUCAACCCCUGUGAGAACGGAGGCACGUGCUCUGUGGUGGACGGAGAACCCAUCUGCGACUGUUCCAAAACCGAAUACAGAGGCCGCUUCUGCAAUGAAGGUAAACCACGCACCCAGUGGGUCUGCCUCUAA